AUGAAGGGCUUCCUGUUUCUCACACUCCUCCUGAUGCCCGUGCAUGCUGGAACUGCUUGGAGUGCAAAAUACGCAGUAGAUUGUCCCGAGCCCUGUGACAGUAACGCGUGCAAAAGUACCUUGCACUGUAAGCGAAUGGUGCUGGAUGACUGUGGCUGUUGC